CAACGGGAGUGUUCCAUCUUUUCAGUGUGAAGAGAGAUUUGGAGAGAGAGCCCAGAGCCCAGAGGCAACAAGUCAAGGCCAACAUUUCCUGUGUGCAAGGGGAUCUGAGUAGCCUGUGGCCAUGGGACAAGCUCUGGGUAUCAAGAGCUGUGACUUAAAGGCAGCAGAAAACAAUGAGGAGCAUCACACCAAAGCCCUCAGCUCCCGGCGCCUGGUUUUGAGGAGGGGACAGUCCUUCACUAUCACCCUGAACUUCCGUGCCCCAGUCCACAAAUUUCUGAGUGCCCUGAAGAAAGUGGCUCUCGUGGCACAAACUGGAGAGCAUCCUUCCAAGGCCAACAAGACUCAAGCCAUAUUCCCAAUUUCCUCUUUGGGGGACCAAAAAGGAUGGAGUGCAGCAGUGGAAGAAAGAAGUGCCCAGAACUGGACCAUCUCCGUGACCACACCCGUGGAUGCUGUCAUUGGCCACUACUCACUCCUGCUUCAGGUUUUAGGCAGGAAACAAUACCCCCUGGGCCAAUUCACACUGCUUUUUAAUCCCUGGAAUAGAGAUGAUGCCGUGUUUCUUCAGAAUGAGGCUCAACGCACUGAAUACUUACUGAACCAAAAUGGCUUUAUCUAUCUGGGCACGGCUGACUGCAUUCAGGAGGAGCCCUGGGACUUUGGUCAGUUUGAGAGCGAUGUCAUGGACCUCAGUCUGGACUUAUUGAGUGUGGACAAGCAAGUGGAGAAGUGGAGCCAGCCUGCACAUGUGGCCUGUGUGGUGGGCACCUUGCUGCAUGCUCUCAGGAAGAAGAGUGUCCUGCCUAUUUCACAGACCCACGCUGCCCAGGAAGGGACCUUACUGUACAAGCGACGGGGCAGUGUGCCCGUACUGCGGCAGUGGCUCACCGGCCAAGGACGACCUGUGUAUGAAAGUCAGGCCUGGGUGUUCACUGCUGUUGCUUGCACAGUGCUACGUUGCCUGGGAAUCCCAGCACGCGUCGUUACCACAUUUCCUUCAGCCCAGGGUACCCGUGGGAGCCUGCUGGUGGAUGAAUACUACAAUGAGGAGGGGCUCCAGAAUGGAGAAGGACAGAUGGGCCGUAUCUGGAUCUUCCAAACUUCUGUAGAAUGCUGGAUGAACAGACCUGAUUUGUCCCAGGGUUAUGACGGAUGGCAGAUUCUGCACCCAAAAGCUCCUAACGGAGUUGGAGCCCUAGGAUCCUGCAGUCUGGUCCCAGUCAGGGCAGUCAAGGAGGGGGAACUGCAGCUGGAUCCAGCGGUAUUAGAUCUUUUUGCUGCGGUAAAUGCCAGGUGUGUGGUCUGGAAGUGCUGUGAAGAUGGGACCCUGGAACUGACCCAGUCCAGCAAAAAGAAUGUGGGUGAUAGCAUCAGCACCAAGGUCGUGGGCAGUGACCGCUGCGAAGACGUCACCCAGAACUACAAGUAUCCUGAAGGGUCCCCUGAAGAAAAAGAGGUCCUGGAAAGAGUCCAGAAAGAAAGAAGGAAACGCUGGAAAGAGAAAGGCAUGUGUCCACCGAGUCCUGAGCCUGUUGACCCUCUGUACCUGUUCUUGGACACACCUAGCUCUCUCCCUUUGAGAGGGAAUGGCCAAGUCUCAGUGACCCUGAUUAACCCCACCGACCAGGAGAAGGAGGUUCACCUGGUGAUUAGGGCCCAGGCUGUGUACUACAAUGGAGUCUUUGCUACUGAUCUCUGGAGGCAGAAGGAGUCCUUCAGGCUUCGAACCAACCAAGUGCUGAAAAUAUCCACCAACCUGUCCUUCUCCAAUUUUAAGCAAGACCCACCGGAGAACAGCUUCGUCAGAGUCACAGCCAUGGCAACACACUCUCCCACCAGCCUCAGCCGCUUUGCUCAGGAAGAUGUAGCCAUUGGUAGACCGAAUCUUAUCAUCGAGAUGCCAGAGCGAGCAGAACAGUACCAGCCUCUCACUGUCACAGUCCGUAUGAAGAACUCCUUAGACUGCCCCAUGCAGGACUGCAUCAUCUCCAUCCUUGGAAGGGGACUCAUUCAUAGAGAGAAGCGAUAUAGGUUGGGUUCCGUGUGGCCAGGGAGCUCCCUGUGUACUCAGUUCCAGUUCAUACCGACGCAUCUGGGGCUCCAGAGACUCACUGUGGAAGUAGACUGUGACGUGUUCCAGAACCUGACAGGCUACGGAAGUGUCCUGGUGGUGGCUCCCCAAGUGUCUGUUUAAACCCCAAACUACCUUCUAAAGCCAGACAUGCUCUGGAGGGAAACUCUGCUGUCAGACAAAUGGGUCUGCACUAAGGCUGAGCAGAAUAGUGACCAAAAACCAAGUUAGAC